AUGAAAGAUGCAUUUGGUAUAGAAUGGAAAAGUGCAGAUUCCAGAUUAAUAUGCUAUGAUGAUGAUGUAUGGGAAAAUUGGGUGAAGAGUCUUUUGACUUCAAAGAACACAAUAAAUGAGUGGAUUAUGAGCAUAAGAGCAUUGAAUAUUGAUGUGACCACCAUGCGAUUUGAAGGGAGUAGAAAGAGGGGCAGAACAAUCUUUUCAGAUUAUGCUUGGUGUAGUGGAGAUCAAGUUGAUGUUUGGGUACAAGAUAGCUGGCAUGAAGCAAUUGUUGUGGACACAAAUAAGAUUGAUUUAAGUUCUUUAACUGCCCAGUUUCCUGCUCAAGGAAAGACAUCAAUUGUCAGAGGAAAUUUGAUCUUGGUGGAAGCCAUUGACAAUGGUGGUGGAUGUAGAAACGAUGUUCAAGAAAACGGGUUUGCUAAAAAUGAGUCAACAGGACUUGUAGAGCCUUCUAAAACUAACAACAAUUCAGAAUUGUCACAACUUCAGAAUUUGUCUUCUGCAAUCAAAGAAUCAGAAGAUAAAACACAGACACAAACACAGACACCUGUCAGUGUUGGUGUUAGUACACGUGGCUCUUCUGGUGGCCUAACUGGCUUGCUGAAUUUUGGAAACACUUGCUUUAUGAAUAGUGCUAUUCAGUGUCUUGUUCAUACAUCAGAAUUUGCUAGAUAUUUUAGAGAAGAUUAUAACCAAGAGAUCAACUGGCAUAACCCUUUAGGAAUGGUGGGUGAGUUAGCUUUAGCAUUUGCAAAGCUUGCUCGUUUUGCACCACAAUUUAGUGGAUACAAUCAGCAUGAUUCACAGGAGCUUCUGGCAUUUUUGCUUGAUGGAUUACAUGAAGAUCUAAACCGUGUGAAACACAAGCCUUACGUAAAAUCCAGAGAUGCAGAUGGUCGACCUGAUGAAGAAGUUGCUGAUGAAUAUUGGGCCAAUCACAUUGCUCGAAAUGAUUCAAUAAUUGUGGAUGUCUACCAAGGUCAAUAUAAGUCAACUUUGGUUUGUCCUGUAUGUGAGAAGAUCUCGGUUACAUUCGGCCCAUUUAUGUAUCUCUCAUUGCCACUUCAAUCAACCACCACCCGAAGUGCUAUUGGGGAGGGUAUGACUCGUCGAGACCAUUCUGAUGUCUCUAACCAGAUGUCUAGGCGAUGA